AUGAGUUAUGAUGACCUUGUUAGCGAUGUACUAAUGAAGCUCGGUCUGGAAGGUGCGAAGCGGGUAAAGAAGUUUUUCUAUCGCAUUCCAGUCAUGGUGCUACAGAAUACCGUGAAGUAUGAUUGCUUCAAGAUUAAUAAUGAUGUGGACUUGCAAGUAAUGUUUCUUUGUUGGCGGCAGUUUCCGGAGGUGAGGACACCAGAGUUGUUGGCACGGCUGGUUGAUGUGGUAUCCAGCUCCGGCGGUUCGAACCGGAAUACGAACACUAUAGCGAAUCCAGUAGGUUCUAGUUCCCGGCCUGCCGUUGCUUCCUCCUCCGUCCCUGUGUACGAACCAGUGGUCCAACCUGUCGCCUCCUCGUCUUUUGCUGUUGACCUCAAUGGCGCCGAAGGCGACAAGGUAGUGGAAAGGGAAAAUUUGUCGAACGCUUUAGUGGGAGUUGCACCUAUUGACGUUGGAGACGGUUUUUUGGGUGAUGAAGAGGAGGAUGACGUCGAGCCGGAUAUGAUUGACGAUGACUGCGCUGAUGAUAUUGGAGCGAAUGGGCCUGCAUUGGCGGUAGGUGGUUCUAGCUCUGGCACACAGCAGUAUCCACCACAUUUUUCCUCGUUGGACUUGGACGCCAUGAGACAUGAGGGGGUUUUAAGGCACGCUGUUGGAUUCGGAGCUAGAGAUGCGGAAGGGACUGCUGGUCUAACAGAGUUCCAGGUUGGUCAGCAAUUCCAGGAUAAAGAUGAUGCCCUUUUAAGUGUGAAGACUUACAGCAUCCGGCGAGGGGUACAGUACAAGGUGGUGGAGUCCAAUCACCGCCGGUAUGUGGGCAAGUGUAGAUCAGCGCGGUCACAGAGCGCCACAACGCCAUAUGCCGAGGCUCCAAAACCUCUGGAUGCACAACCUGAAGUACGUCGGGGCUACUGUACGGCAUCCAUAUAA